AUGGCCCUUCUAGGGUUCUACGAAUUGGUCCUCCUAGUAGUUAUAUGCUUCCUCUUUGUUUCCUACUAUAGAAGCACUAGUGAUGGGCUUCCAAUGAGCUGGCCUUUGGUGGGAAUGCUGCCGGAGCUUCUUCUCCAUGUCCAACAAGUUCACGAGCGCUGCACGACUCUUGUAGCUCAAACUGGGGGCACCUUCCUACACAAAGGUCCUUGGUUCUGUAAUAUGGACAUGUUAACCACUGCGGAUCCGGCCAAUGUGCACUACAUUAUGAGCUCCAACUUUGCAAAUUUCCCCAAGGGGCCUCGGUUCUUGAAGAUUUUCGAGGUUUUGGGAGACGGGAUUUUCAAUUCUGACACGGAUCUGUGGUCAAACCAAAGAAAACUGGCUCGAAUUCUAAUUAAUCAUCAGACCUUCCACCGUUUCUUGGUGAAGACCAGCCAUGAGAAGGUGGAGAAAGGGUUGGUCCCAAUUCUUGAGCAUGUGUCCAAACUAGGCCUGGUUUUGGACAUGCAAGAUUUGUUCCAAAGAUUCACUUUCGAUACCACUUGCAUACUUGUCACUGGCUAUGAUCCUGGCUGCUUGUCAUCUGAAUUCCCCGAAGUUCCAUUCUCAAAGGCAAUGGAUGAAGCUGAGGAAGCAAUCUUUCUUCGCCACGUGGUGCCAGAAACCAUUUGGAAGCUACAGAGUUGGCUAGGGAUUGGACACGAGAAGAAGUUGAGUGAGGCUUCUAAAACCUUAGACAACACGAUAGCUAAAUAUAUAUCAAUGAAGAGAGAUGAACUGAGGAAAGGAAUUGCUUCUGAGGAACAAGAAGGGUUUGAUCUUCUGACUUCAUACUUGAAGGAAGAUGAGAUGAUGAAAGAAGGGUUGAAAUUUGAUGACAAGUUCUUAAGAGACACCAUUCUUAAUUUCAUGAUAGCCGGGCGAGACACCACCAGUUCAGCCCUAACAUGGUUUACUUGGCUAGUUUCGACCCACCCAGAAGUUCAAGCCAAGAUUAGGGAAGAACUGAAGUCGGUCAUACCAGAGAAGGAAGGUGAAAAAUGGAGGAUUUUCAGAGUGGAAGAGGUGAGCAAGCUAGUUUAUCUCCACAGUGCUCUCUGUGAGACCCUAAGGCUCUACCCACCAGUUCCAUUCCAGCACAAGGAGUCUAUAAAGCCGGACACCCUCCCAAGCGGCCACCAUGUUCGCCCACAGAUGAAGAUAGCACUCUCUCUCUAUGCAAUGGGGAGAAUGAAGUUUACAUGGGGACAGGACUGCUCGGAAUUCAGGCCGGAGAGAUGGAUUUCUGAUGGAGGAACCAUCAAACACGAGCCGUCCUACAAGUUCUUGGCUUUCAAUGCCGGGCCAAGGACUUGUCUCGGCAAAGACGUGGCUUUCACUGAGAUGAAAGCCGUGGCGGCGGCCAUAAUCCACAAUUACAACGUUCAGGUGGUGGAGGGCCACCCGGUGGCGCCCAAUACUUCCAUCAUUCUGUAUAUGAACCAUGGCUUGAAGGUUAAGGUGACCAGGAGGUGGCCCUGA